CUCAACCCAUGUUCUUUAUUUGUUUAACUUUUGUAAAGGUUGUUGAUGUACUAAAGGUGGUUGAUUUGUUGUUUGAUAUGCUCACUGAACCAAUAGCAUGCUUGUGUUUCAAUUUCUGAGCAUAAUAAAGAAACUAAAAAACGACUGAUUUGCAUCAGUUGAGAACUGCAAGCCUGUCUCUUACAUAUAUUAAACAGUAGAAACCAAAACAUGGAGUCAUGAAGUAAAGCAUUCUCUGAUGAGAAAUAUAGUUUACUUUGAAAAGAACCUUUUCUGGUCUAAAUAAAGGGGAGUGUCCAACAGUUGAAUCCAUCAAUAGCCUAUAGGCUCCUACAACUACAAGUAUUCCCUUUGCUUUGUUGAGAGUCACAGUCAAAAGGUUUCAGCCAAGUUCAUCAUUUGGAGAAAGCUCAAGCCUUGAGGGUGUGGUCAUUCGAUCAUGGCUUGCAGUCUUUAUUUGAUUCUGUUUCUCUUUCUUUCAAGCUUGUGGAGUACUUGCAAUGGUGCAAUAAACACACUGGAACCAGGUGAUACUCUCAAUUCUUCAAGCUCCUUAAUUUCUGCAAACGAGAAGUUCAUUUUGAGUUUUCGUAGAUAUGAUGAUGCUUCAAGCUUGAGCUACCUGGUAAUAAAAUGGCAUGGGAGUAAAAAUUAUGCAUGGGUUGCAAAUCCAUACACACCUGUUUUAUACCCUUUUGGAGUUCUUACUUUGGACAGGAAACACACAUUGAAAAUCACACCGAAAGAUGGUGAUCCAGUUGUGCUUUACUCGGCUUCAGAGACAGGCAAUAGUAGUGUAUUGGCUACCCUCUUGGAUGAUGGCAACUUUGUGCUGCAAGAAGUGAGCUCUGAUAGAUUGUCGAAGAGGGUUUUAUGGCAAAGUUUUGAUUAUCCAGGAGAUGUGCUUCUGCCAGGUAUGAAAUUAGGGGUUAAUUAUAGAAAUGGCCACAACUGGUCACUUUCAUCAUGGUUGACUGAGAAAAGUGCAAUUCCAGGAUCUUUCACUCUUGAUUGGGACCCUGAGGAACAUGAGUUGAAAGUUAGGCGACGAGGGGUAGUUUAUUGGAGUAGUGGAGUCUUUAGAGAUGGGAGUUUUGCAAAUUUUAAGCACAAGAAGUAUAAUUUCAGCAUUGUUUCAAAUGAGAAUGAAGAUUACUUCAGUUACUCUGCUGUCGAUCAAAAUGCCAGACCACAAUGGCUGCUAACCACAAUUGGGAGACUGUACGACUUUGAUGGAUCAGUGGAUAUUGCAAAAGUGGAUUCCUGUUAUGGAUAUAACACUGAAGGAGGAUGUCAGAUUUGGGAUGCACCAAGUAAGUGUCGGGAUUUUGGUGAUGUAUUCCGGCAAGAUAACGGGUACUUUAAUCCAAUAGGUCCGAUCGCAGUAACAUCUAGCAGUGACUCAAACACAAGUCUCAGUAUUAGUGAUUGUAAGGCUACUUGUUGGGCAGAUUGUAACUGUCGUGGAUUCAUAUUUCUUUUUCCUAAUCAGACUGGAUGUCGGUAUUGGACUGGAGACUUGCAGUUCAUAGCAGACAGAACAGGUUAUAGUUCAAGUGUUGUUUACUUUCUAACAAAAAGGUCAGCCAGCAGCCACUCACAUAAGUGGAUAUGGACCGGUGCUGCUAUUGCCACUGCUCUAUUGGUAUUGGUGCUUUGCAUAGUAUGCUGGUGGUUAAGAAGGAAGAAACUUGUUGUGUCAGGGAAGAACAAGAUAAAGAUUGAUGAGUUGAAGUUACAUCGCUCAAGGGGAUCUGACAUUUCAAUUGAUGUCCAUGGGACUCAAACUGAUGGAUCGAUGGGACAGGAUUUAAGAGCAUUUAGCUAUAAAUCUGUCAUGACUGCCACAGAAUACUUCUCCUUAGAGAACAAGAUAGGAGAGGGGGGCUUUGGACCUGUUUAUAAGGGAAAAAUGCUGACAGGUCAAGAAAUAGCUGUAAAGGCACUUUCAAGCUGUUCGGGGCAAGGAGAAGUAGAAUUUAAGAAUGAAUUGAUACUCGUAUCUGAACUCCAACAUACUAAUCUAGUUAAGCUUUUCGGAUUUUGCAUCCAUGAUAAAGAGAGGAUGCUAAUAUAUGAGUAUAUGCCAAACAAGGGUCUGGACAACAUUUUAUUUGAUUCAACCAGACGCAUGCUACUAGAUUGGAAGAAGCGUUUCAACAUAAUUGAAGGAAUCGCCCAAGGAUUGCUUUACUUGCACAAGUACUCAAGAUUGAAAGUAAUUCAUAGAGAUCUUAAAGCUAGUAACAUACUACUUGAUGAGAAUAUGAAACCCAAAAUAUCUGAUUUUGGUAUGGCAAGGAGUUUCAUGCUAAAUGAAGUUGAAGCAAAUACUAGACGGAUUGUUGGAACACAUGGUUACAUGUCUCCUGAGUAUGCUAUGCAGGGUAUCUUUUCUGGAAAGUCUGAUGUCUUCAGUUUUGGAGUGUUGAUGCUCGAAAUUAUAAGUGGCAGAAAAAACAACAGUUUUCACAGUACUCAUCGCGCACUCAAUUUAGUAGGAUAUGCGUGGCAGCUUUGGCAAGAAGGUGCAGGUCUAGAAUUGAUGGACGAAACACUAAGUGAUUCAUGUGUUGAAAAUCAGUUAAUACGAUGCAUCCAUGUUGGUCUACUAUGUGUUGAAGAAGAUCCAGAACUUCGACCAACCAUGUCAGAAGCCAUAUCUAUGUUGACAAAUGAAAGCUUGCCUUUGCCUAUACCAACAAGGCCAGCAUCUUUUCCAGUAAGACAUCCGGCUGCAGCUGAUACAAGAGGAACAAAUUCCGAAAUAUUAUCAGAAAAUGGCUUGUCCACCUCCGUUAUUAUAGGGCGAUGAAGGCCCUACUGUCAUGUUCGGCGUGCCUCAGUUAUCCAUCGGUCAGUGUAAUGGUACUUACUGUAGUUUGAAAAUUUAGCUUUGCUAGACAGCUUAUUAAGGAAGAUCACUUCAGUGGCACUUGUAUGUGCUGUGGAAGAAGGUUGCUUGCUUAAGAAUCUGUCCUGGUAGAGUUAGAUCAAAUGUAAUUAGAUAAGGGCCUCUUUGUCAAACAGUGUCCUCUAUUCUAGUACAUAACUCCUCUGGAUUUUGUUUGUAACCAUGAAAUAGGUAAUCAAGUGUACAGACAGUAGUCACUUUGCUUGUACUUGACGUGCAUUUCAAUUGACCUUU